AUGGGAAAGAAGAAGGGUGCCAAGAAGGGCGGUGCCGACGACUUCUGGGACGAAGCCGGCGAGUCCAUCGACAACAACAACAACAAUAACGACAUCGAUGACGACGUCCCCGCACAAAAGCCAAAGAACCUGUUUGCUGCCAUGUCACUCGACGACGGCCCAGAUGAUGACGACGAUGACCAAGAGCAAGAUGCCGAAGCACCAGCGGCAGCAGCUUCCAAGAAGGACGCCAAAAAGUCUGCCAAUGGCAACAAGGCUACCUCCAAACCCGAUCCAGCCCCAACACCCGCCGCUGCCGACGAUGAUGACGACGACAAUUACGGCUUGAUGGGUGCCAUCAAAACCGCAGGCAAGAAGAGUAAGAAGGACAAGAAGAAGAAAAAGAAGAACGACGAUUUCGACUUUGACGAGUUUGGCGAAGACGUCAGCGGCAACGCUGCCGCUCCUUCAGCGGAGGCCGAUGCAGAUGCAGAGCAGGAUCUGGCCAGCAAAGCGCCUAUUCAGGGCACCGUCGACGACUUGCUCGACGACGAAUUCCCCGACGAUAAGCCAAAGAAGAAGGGCGGCGCGCAAAAGCUGCAGCAACAAGACGCUCAGGAUGACGAUGCUGCCGCAGGAGCCGACGAUGUAAACGACGAUGGUGCGCCUCGUAUUCUCACCAAGAAGGAGAAGGAGAAGCUCAAAAAGGAAAAAGAGAAGGCCAAGAAGAAGGCUCAGGCAGCUGCCAAGAAGGCUGCUGCAGGUCCACAAACCUCAAAGACGGACGCGGCCGACGACGAUGCCAACGAUGACGAUGCCGCCGACGUCUCCAAGGAUGACGACGGAGCUGCAGCUCCUGCCGCCCCCACCUCGGCAUCUGACAAGAAGAAGAAGAAGAAGGGCGCAAAGGCUGCCGAGCCUGCACCUGCAGCUACACCAGCACCUUCUGCUGCACCCAAAAAGAUGAAUCCGCAGCUCGCCGCCCUACAGGCCCGCAUUGCGGCGCAGAAGAAGGCCGAGGAGGAAGCAGAGCAAGCCCGACUCGAAGCCAUCCGCGCCGAAGAGGAGCGCGAACGCCUCGAACAGGAAGAGGAGGAGCGCAAGGAAGCCGCUAAAAAGGCCAAAAAGGAAAAGGAAAAGGCCAGGAUCGAGCAGCUCAAGAAGGAGGGCAAGUUCAUGACUCCCAAGCAGAAGGCGGAGAAGGCUGCCGCUGAAGCCAGGAUGCAGGCCAUGAUCCAAGCCGGUCACAUCAAGGUCGAAGGCCUCGAGAACCGCGACGCUGGCGCAUCCAAGCCCGGCGCCAAGAAGCGCGCCCUCGUCGACAACCGAAAGAAGAAGGGUCCCCAGAAGCGCGACGGCGGUCUCACCAUUCCCGAGCCUGUUGCCGCCGACUCCAAGGACGCCGAAGACAAGGAGCAAGACCAGCCUGCCGAGCCCGCUGCAACUGAGAUGGAUGCGGACGCUGUCAAGGCUGACGAGCCUGCCGCCGACGAGGACGAAGAUAUCAAGGACAGUUGGGAUGCCGAGUCCGACGGCGAGGAUGUCAAGGACAGUUGGGAUGCCGAGUCUGACGACGACAAGGCUGCCUCUCCCGCCUCCAAGGACGCAACGGCGCCUGCCAAGGCCAACGGCAAACACGCAGCUGCAGCCGAGAAGGACGCCGAGCAAGACGAUGACGAGGAAGACGAAGACGAGUCUGACAGUGAUGACGACUCUGACGACGAUUCGGAAUCAGACUCCGACGACGACUCUGACGACGACGGCCUCACCUCGGCUCAGCGUCAGGCCGCCGAGAAGAAGGCUGCUGCUGCUGAGCGUAGAAAGGAGCGCACCGAGCAGGCCAUGGCUGCACGAAGCCGCGACGACCUCCGCUCGCCCAUUUGCUGUAUCCUGGGACACGUCGACACAGGUAAGACCAAGCUCCUCGACAAGAUCCGACAGACCAACGUUCAGGAAGGCGAGGCUGGUGGUAUCACCCAGCAGAUCGGCGCCACCUACUUUCCCACCGAGGUACUCCAGUCCAAGACUGCUGUUCUGGACAAGGAUUCGCCCUUCGAAUACAAAGUGCCUGGUCUCCUCGUCAUCGACACCCCAGGACACGAGUCGUUCACCAACCUGCGAACUCGAGGCUCGUCGCUUUGCAACAUUGCCAUCCUCGUCGUCGAUAUCAUGCACGGUCUCGAGCCGCAAACUCUUGAGUCGAUUCGUUUGCUCAGGGACAAGAAAACGCCCUUCAUCGUCGCCCUCAACAAGAUCGACCGUUUGUACGGCUGGGAAGCUACUCCCAACGGCGGCUUCCGUGACAGUUUGGCCAAGCAGCAGCGUGCCACCCAGAACGAGUUUGAGGAGCGAACCAACCAGGUCCUUGUCCAGUUCGCCGAGCAGGGUCUCAACGCCGUUCUCUACUACGACAACAAGAACAUGGGCCGAAACGUCAGUCUGGUGCCCACCUCGGCGCACACGGGAGAAGGUAUCCCGGACAUGCUGCGUCUCAUCGUCGAGCUCACCCAGACGCGUAUGAGCGAGAAGCUCAUGUACCUCUCCGAGCUCGAGUGUACUGUGCUCGAGGUCAAGGUGAUCGAAGGUCUCGGCACUACCAUUGACGUCGUGCUCUCCAACGGUGUGAUGCACGAGGGCGACCGUAUCGUCGUCUGCGGUCUCAACGGUCCCAUCGUUACGCAGGUGCGAGCGUUGCUCACGCCCCAGCCGCUGAAAGAGAUGCGUGUCAAGGGUGCCUACGUCCACCACAAGAUGGUCAAGGCGGCGCUCGGUGUCAAGAUCGCGGCGCCCGAUCUCGAGAAGGCGAUCGCUGGUUCGCGACUGCUGGUCGUCGGCCCCGACGACGACGAGGAGGAUCUCAAGGACGAGGUGAUGAGCGAUCUCAGCUCGCUCAUGAACUCCAUCGACACGUCCGGACGCGGUGUUUGCGUGCAGGCGUCGACGCUCGGCUCGCUCGAGGCGUUGCUCGAGUUCUUGCGCGUCAGCAAGAUCCCUGUCAACGGCAUCAACAUCGGUCCCGUCUUCAAGAAGGAUGUGGUGCGAUGUUCGACCAUGCUUGAAAAGGCCAAGGAGCUGGCGGUCAUCCUGGCGUUCGACGUACCCGUCGACAAGGAAGCCGAGAAGCUGGCCGAGGAGCUCGGCAUCAAGAUCUUCACUGCCAAGAUCAUCUACCACCUCGAGAACGACUUCACCAAGUACCACAAGGAGGUCAUGGACGGCAAGAAGAAGGAGGCUUCGGGAACCGCCGUCUGGCCCUGUCGACUCAAGACGAUCGCAUGCUUCGCCAAGCGCGACCCCAUCAUCCUCGGAUGCGAUAUCAUCGACGGUUCGCUGCGCGUAGGCACGCCUCUCUGCGUUGUCAAGACGGACGCGACGACACGCAAGAAGACGGUGGUGCACCUGGGCAAGGUGACGUCGCUCCAGAUCAACCACAAGGAGCGCGACGUGGUGCUCAAGAAGGACGUCGGUGGUGGUGUGGCGGUUAAGAUUGAGCACGCGGUGCACGAGUCGGCCAAGAUGUUCGGGCGCCACUUUGAGGAGAACGACGUGAUCGUGUCGCACAUCAGCCGUGCCUCCAUCGACGCGUUGAAGGCGCACUUUUGGGACGGCAUCUCGACCGACGAGAAGAAGCUCAUCAAGAAGCUCAAGGGCGAGCUCGACAUUCCGUAA